GACGUACACUGUGAAAGCCGAUUCAUCUCUGGGGAAACUUCUCUUGCUUAAACUGGAGAAAGAUCCAUUUUUUGUUCUUCCUGAAGAUCAGUGGUUCUGCUCCAAAGUAGUGGUGAUGACACCAGAGGAUGAGGUCAUGCUGUUCCCCUGUCAUAGAUGGGUGUCAAGGUUGUUGAGCUGAGAGGAGGCAAAGCCGUGAAGGUGUUUGAGGAGGAGAACCCUCUGCUGAUUGACCAUCGUGACAAAGAGCUGGCAUUCAAAAAGACUUUGUACAGAUGGGAAGAAAGCAAUCAGGGACUACCACACUUUAUUGAUUUCAAAGAUGAAUCCGAGCUGCCCACUGAAAUCCGCUUCUCUUCAUCCAAAUUAAAUGAAGCUUAUUCUUCCAAGAGAUGGAUUGGUCUUGAACUCAUGUUUAAGGGGCUAUAUGGAUCUUCUGAAGACUGGAAAAACAUGGAGGACAUAAAAAAAAAAUCUUCUGGACCAAAAAAACAACAAUGUCAGAGUACAUCUCAGAGCACUGGAAGGACGAUGACUUUUAUGGAUUUCAGUUUCUGAACGGACUCAACCACCAUAUAAUCAAACGGUGCUCAGAACUUCCUAUCAAUUUUCCGGUGACAGAGGAGAUGGUGAAACCGCUCCUGAACAAAGGCACCUCUCUGCAGGAGGAAAUGGAGAAAGGGAAUAUUUUCCUGUGUGAUCAUAAGAGAAUGGAUGGAAUACCCACGAGGAUGUAUAACGGUGAAUCCCUGCAUGUGGCUCCUGGGUUCUGUUUGUUCUACAUGAACCCAGAGAACAAACUGAUGCCAAUUGCAAUACAGCUGCAGCAACAACCGUCAGAACAGAACCCCAUCUUUCUGCCAAGCGACUCUGAGAGCUACUGGCUGCUCGCCAAAAUAUUUUUCAAAAAUGCUGAUUCUAUGGAACACCAAGCAGUCUACCACCUCAAGAACACUCACCUUCUGGCGGAGGUCUUUGCUGUAGCCACCCUCCGCUGCUUCCCUGACAUUCACCCCCUCUACAAGCUGCUGAUGCCACACUUCCGUUACACUCUGCACAUAAACAUCUUAUCCCGCAAGAUUAUUUUGUCACCUGAUGGAAUUUUAAAUAAAAGUUCACUUGGAUUUGAGGGGCUGUUGGAACUCCAGCGGAGGGCACUCUCUGAAAUGACCUACAGCACCCUCUGUCUGCCAGAGAACAUCACUGCACGAGGACUGGAGUCCGUCCCAAACUUCUAUUACAGAGACGAUGGACUGAAGCUGUGGAGCAUCAUCAACAGCUUUGUUCUGGGAGUAGUGGAGUACUAUUAUCCCUCAGACUCUGAGGUGUGCAGAGACUCUGAACUUCAGGAAUGGAUCAGUGAGAUAUUCACGCACGGCUUCUCCGGAAACAAAGCUUCAGGUGUUCCUGCAUCCUUUUAUACUGUUGAAGAUUUGACCAAGUUCAUCACCAUGGUGAUCUUUACAGCUUCGGCUCAACAUGCUGCAGUCAACAGUGGGCAGUUUGACUACUACUCUUGGCCGCCCAAUUGCUCACUCCUGCUGCGUAAAGCUCCCCCAACCACUAAGGGGCAGUCCAACAUGAAGACCAUUUUGGAGACCCUCCCAAAUGUUGGCGAGACAGUCCGCUUUGUAUCAAUGGUGUGGCAGCUUUCAGCCAAAUACACCGACAUUGUUCCCCUCGGGUUCUAUCCCACGGAGCGCUUUGAUGAGGCCGUGCCCAAACAGCUGAUCAAGGAAUUUGGAGCAGCGCUAUCCAUCCUCAGCGAAACUAUUGUGAAACGGAACAGUGAGCUUGUGGUACCGUACACGUAUCUCAAUCCCGCUAACAUAGAGAAUAGCAUAUCAAUAUAAACUUUACGGAUGGCUAUCUUUACUACCUGAAAUGACAGCAAACACCUGAGAAAAGUUCAUAUUUGGUAACUGGAAACAAAAUCAAAACAAUUACAAAAUUAGAUAAGAUUUUUAUUUCAAAUUUAUUCUGAA